CCACUGACCACUGAACGCCGUAACACAUAUGUCACGCAGUUGCCUAAGAGCUUCCAGGCUGCUGCCACUUCGCAAACCCACUCCACGCGCACCGAAGUUGCAUCCAGCCAGUGGAUUGCCACUGUCGCGGGCACGCGGGCAACAUCUUCUGCACAAUAAAGGUGUCAUCCACAGGUUCGUGGAAGCUGCUGACAUCCGAAGUUCUGAUGCAGUCUAUGAGGUGGGCUGCGGUACCGGCGAAGUCACGAUGGAACUCCUGCCCCGUGCCCGGAAGGUCUAUACUGUCGACCUGGAGAGUCGGAUGGUGGAGGAAACAAAAAGCCGAGCACAAAGUGCGGGCUUCCAAAACAUGGAGGCCAGGGUCGGAGAUGCCCUGCGGGUCGAGAUGCCGCAUCGCUUUGAUGUUUGCGUGUCGAAUUUGCCGUACAAAAUCUCCGCGCCCAUCAUCUUUCGGCUGCUUCGACGGAUUUCGGAGGGACGGCCCUGGCGUUCUGCAGUGCUGAUGCUCCAAAGAGAGUUUGCAGAGCGUUUGCUGUCUGAUCCGGGUGAGAAAGGCUUCUCUCGCCUGGCGCUGAACGUGCGGCUCUUCGCCAAGGCGGUGCGGCUCUUCGACGUGAAAGCGGGCUCCUUCGUCCCUGCGCCGGAGAUCCACUCCACGGUGAUUCGUUUGGAACCUCGAAUACCUGCACCCGAGGUGGAUUUCAAUGAAUGGGAUGCCAUGAUCCGAGUGAUCUUCUUGCGGCGUCGCAAGACCUUGCGCGCUUCGUUGAAGAAACUGUCAACUUUAUCCAUGCUGGAGCAGAACUACAAGAUGUGGUGCUCUCUAUCAGGAAACAAGCCUUCAGCUGUUCCUUUCCCCGAGCUGGUUCGCUCAGUACUGAAUGAUGAAGCCAUGCUGCGGGAACGUGCCUUCUCUAUGGAUUUGGAUGACUUGCAUUUGCUUCUGAAAGCUUUCAAUCGAAGAGGCAUUCACUUCGCAAGUGUCCACCAAGGAGCUUCUGGUGCUGAUGAUAUGGAGGAUCUCUUUGAUGAAGGCAGCUUCUCGCCGCCACUACUUCAAGGAGGAUUUGGCUCCAAUAAUCAAUAUCCCUGAAAAA